AUGGCAGGAUCAAGAGUAACACAGACAACAAAGACGCCCUUAAUUCUGGUAUUAUGGAGUUUAGUGGCUCUCAUGGCUGCUGUGGGAAAGCAGGAUGUCAUGGGGCAAUCAAACUGCAAUGGUGCCCUUGUAAGCUUAUCGCCCUGUCUCCAUUUCAUAACAGGAAAUGGGACGAUCCCUUCACAAGGGUGCUGCGGCUCCCUUGCUUUUGUUGUGAAGAAUAACGCUCCAUGUCUGUGUCAGCUGCUGACUGGUAAUAAUUCGCUGCGGAUUCCCAUUAAUCAGACUCGAGCUCUUGCUCUGCCCGCCCAAUGCAAAGUGACUACGCCACCUGUCAGCCGAUGCCAAAAUUCAGAAGCUCCUGUUGCUUCGCCUUCUUCGAUCGAUUCUGGUAUUCCAAGCAGUCAGGCUACCCCGGGGUCAGAUCCCUUAGAGACGAGUUCAGGUUUCGGGAGUAUUUCAUCUUCUGUGAUUAACCUGCUGGUGGGAAUUGUCUUAAACAUGUACAUGUUCAAGGCAUUGAGUAAUAGCUUGCGUUGA